UCGAGAAUUAUUAUAUAUUCAAAUAUAUUCGCGCACCUUUCACACUCGACAAAUGAAAGUUGCCACGUAAUUAACCAAAAUCCAUCCAUCAUAUAAAUCAUGCGCCAUUAAACAAUUUUGGAACAACUUCUAAAUUUACCAAGUGCGACAAUCAUGUGCGACCAUUGUAGAACUUACAAAUCGAUGCUGAAAGAAGGGGAUAACGGUAAAAUGUGUUAUCAGAUGGAGAUAUCAAAACCCAUCGGUGUGCAACCCAUCGGCAUGCAACCCAUCAGCAUGCAACCUAUCAGCAUGCAACCCAUGGCGCCGAUGAAGCAAUCCAGGAAUCUCGACGCCGAUUCCACGGGUUGCUGCUCCUGGAGGAAGACCUGCUGCGACGGGAUGUGUUGCAGGCACGUGGGCAACUGCUGCGCCACGGGGCUGGAACCACGAGUGCCCGAAAAACCGACCCCUAUCUACCCCACUUAUCCCACUUAUCCGAUUAUGCAGCCAACACCCAUCCAACCAUCUUAUCCGCCCGCCGCUUACCCUUAUCCCACCGUUGAAGUAGCUC